AUGGCUCAACUUUCGCCGCGAGUCCGGCGCACGUCGCAGAAUACACAGUACACCUACAACCUCUCGAGACGUAUUCACGACGUCAAGACCUACCCUAUCCAGUCUCCCCAAGGCGCCACCAUCCUUCUCUACGGUCACGAUAAUGGCGUCUCCAUUGUGUGGAAGGGUGGUCGUCGCUUCAAGCCGACGAAGAAGCAGCCUCCGCCUCCCGAGAAGCAGAAUGGGGCCCCGGAAGAUGCCGUCAUGAUCAUCGAUUCCGACGACGAUGAACCCCCAUCCAAGGCAUCGAAAACAUCGACCCCCUUCACCGACAAGCCCGAAUUCGAGGAUACCGAGGAGGACACACCAUACCCCGAAAUCAUUCAGACUCUCGAUCUAUCCCUGGGUACCGCCGCCCUGCAUCUUGCCGUCCUGCCCAUGACACCAUGCCCUGCCGAAGAUGCUUCCUGGGGAGGAGCCGACGUUCUGAAGGAGAAGAUGGUCUUCACCGUCGCGUGUGCAACCAACGAAGUCUACGUCGUCACUCUUCCCUUGACCCCGCCGAGUCCAGAGAGCAAGGCACGACCUGAGUUGAGGUCAAAUCUCCUGGCCGGCAAGGCAGGCUCGGGCCAGUGGGGCGAGAGGGUUGUUUUCCUCGGCGGCCAAUAUAAGCACAGCGAGGGUGUCGCCAUGUCGUUGAUCAAGCCGAAGACCUCUUCAGCUUCCGACAGGAUACGUGACCAGUCUGGUGCGACACAGAAGCCUCGCCUUGUCGUGGCAGCACACACCCGCGAAGCGUGUGGGACGCUGCGUCUCUGGGAUGUACCCUUGGACGUUCAACCAGGCGAAGCCAGCGGCCGCAUCAACCCUUUCCAAACAGAAUACCUCCCCAGUCCUCUCUCCAGCAUCUCCUUCAACCCCACGCACCUCACACAACUUCUGACAGUCUCCUCGCCCCACGCGGUCCGCAUUUACGACUACGCGCAGCCAUCACUGCCGCCCGAUGACCAAGCCACUGGUCCUUUUCCGAGCCAAGGAUCCUGGCUUCUCUCUCUGUUCCAGCCAUUCACUCGUCCCACAACCACACGUAAGCCCAUCCUAGAUGCAGCUUGGAUCGCUCACGGCAGGGCUGUUCUUGCCUUGCUCGCCGACGGCACCUGGGGUAUAUGGGAUGUGGACGGUGCCAGCCCACUGGGCGGCUCCAUCCUGGGCAAGAACAGCUCUGGAAUUAAGGGCGCUGCGCUCACGGCCUUCAGUGCUACUGGACACGUUGAGGGAACUGGUCCGUUGCGUACUACUACGGCAGCCGUGCCAAGAUCCAAUGGCAACGGAGAAUUUGUACCCAUGACCCCCCACACCCGACGUGAUGCUGCGGCAUCAUUGAGCACUGCCGGCUCGUUGGAGCGUUUAGUGGCCAUCAGAGGCGGCAUUGUCGUCACUCCUCUUCCUGGUAGCGGCUCUGGAUCCGAUGAUGAGAGCGUCGUGUUGUGGAUUGGUGGUCUCGAUAAUGUCUCCGUCAUCCCCGCCGUCUCUCGAUUCUGGGACUCACAACUCCGACGCAGCUCAGGAGGUGGCGUAAACCUAUUCAGCGGAACCACACCAACCAAGAUGAUCCGACUCCACGACUUGUCCACAGGCCUCCUCGGCGAGCGUUGCUGCGGUGUGGGCGCUGCGGUCAACUUCGCCAGGCUCAAGGAUAACGACGGCGGCUUGCGCAUCGAGGUUCUGGUCAUGGGCGAGAGUCGAUUGGUCAUCGUCCACGAGUCCGAGGAGACACCCGGCGCCAAGAUUGGAGGUGUCGUUUCAACGCGCCGCCGCCUCUUUGGCGACAAGAAAUCAGAGGCGCCCAGCGCCAUCAUCGUCCACUCUCGACCGGAUCAGCCUCGCAACGUUUCGUUCAAUCUCAGCGUCAACAAGACGAGGAGCUUGAUGGGAAGGUCAGUGGGACGCGACAGUGUUCUGCCCGACGACGACCCGACUCAUGACUUCACGCUGCCUCUCGGAAGACCAAAGUCUGGCUUCGGUUUCGCUGACGAACUUGAGCGCGCGGCGGACUUGCAAGAUGAUGCCACGAUGCGUGACGUCGAAGAGGAGAUGUUGGACAUCUUGGGUCUCGACCAAGCUCUGGAGGAUAUGGAAAACGAUCGCGGCAGUGGCCGGAAGAGAGUUUACUUCGAGGGAGACCGUUGA